AUGUUUGCAGUCAUCCUUCGCGUUGCCGUGUUGCUACUGCUGACGCUUCCUCGCAGCGGGUCUGCAUACGAGGAUCCGACAGCUGAGGCGUCGCGUCAACAAGAGCGCCAGUUCAAGCCACAGCUCGAGGCGUUUCGUCGCGAGUAUCGCGAGGCGUUUCCUCUGCACCUCGAUCUCUACCCUAAGUCCAAGGAGCAUACGGUGCUUUUUGUCUAUCCCGACAGCAUCCACCGACCCUUUCGAGAUCUUCUGCAAAAUGGCUUGGAGAAACCAGCGAGCAGGGUUCUUCAGCGGUUGGAGCGCCUGCAUGUGGAGACGAAAAAGACUCUGCUGAGCUCUUUCCACCCGGAUAUGAUCCAACGACAGACCUCCCCGGUGCGCAACAAGCACCUCGACACAUUCAUCGCGCUGACUGCAUGGAUGAGCGAGGAACAGAACGAGCUGGUCGAACAUGUGGGCAGGCGCAACGUCGACUUGCAUCUCGGCUUUUUCCGACUCACCACACAUCUUUCACCGAUCAAACCCGCCAUGAACUUUUCGAUCUUUCAAGCUGUACUGGCCGCCAGUUGGGCUAUGUGCGUAGUGGCCUCGGCUCCGCGAUGCACGUUCAGGUUCACCGAGGACGGACUGCAGGCACCUUAUGGCUGUCCUCACAACGAGGGUUGGACGCACUGCUGCCUUGUGCCCUACUCGCGAUACAAUGCCGCUCACCCCGAGUACAGCACCUACACAGGUGUCUGUCAAAUCGAUUCUUACAUCCCGCCGGGCUCGACCGACAUCUGCAAGAGGCUGGCGGAUCGAAACAUCAUCCAGUAG